AUGGCUCUUUUAUGUUUGGAAGCCGUGGUCGACUCCUCAGAAGGGAGCAGUGAUUCGCUGAGUAUUGUCCUGCCGGGGAUUUCAUCCACAUUGGCUAACAUUGCUUGCAAUUCAUCAUCGGGACAUUUUCAGAUUCCAGUUUUAUCGCUCAAGAUAAUGUCACGCGCUGUAUGCUUCUGUAUGGCGGAUUCCAUGCAGUGUAGCGAAUACACUCCCAUAAAGGAGCUGGAACCAGCAAUUCAAGAGCUAUAUGUGCAACGUGAUGAAAGUUGGAGGGCUUCCACGGCUGCAAAUAUAACCAAAAUAGUACGAGUCCUUUGUGCGACACUUGCUUUGCAUCGAGAUGAAGAUGUGAGGAUGACAUUAUUGGAGUCUGUGUAUUCUAUACGAUGCGAGUGCAGGAAAAGCUUCAAAAAUUCCCUUGAUAACUUUUUGCUGGAUUUGUUUCUGACUAUUCAGACACCUUCUUCACCAUGCAGAUUGGUCGAACUCAUCAGUAAAGUUCGUGACGAAGAUACGUCUGCGUUUUCUCUUCAUAUGCAUGAAAAGCUGCGUGAGCUCUCGGAAAGAAUACCUUUGAACAUACAAAAGAAGAUGACCGGCAUCGAUGUUUUGUUUCGUCAGGUAUAA